AUGCGAAUUCAAGGAGGAAAAUAUCUAGAUUUGGAAGAUGCUUUGCUGCAGUGGUUUCAGAAGUAUCGCGCAGAAGGGAGAAAAUUGUCACGGAGGCUAUGCAUUACGUCUCCUCAACAUGGAAGGAAGUUGAAGAAUCUGCCAUCAGAAACUGUUCCUGUGAAGCCAUUGCAGCAUUUACCUGUGGAUCAAACAGACUUCACAGAAUUUGUGGAUGUAGAUAAAGAUGUGGUUACAUCAGGACUAAGGUCCAUUGAGGAUGUUGUGAGUGAAAUCAACAAAGAUGAUGAAGACAGUGAUGAUGAAGUGGAAGAUAAUGAAAUAAAUUUAGUAGGUUUCAGUGAAGCCAUAGCAGCAUUAGAAACUGUUAAAAAGAUUAAGAGAUAA